AUGGGAAUAAACGAUGGUGGGUCUAAAAGCAGGAAUAUGCUAAUGCAAUUUGCUGAAGAGACAGCCUUGAAAGCCACUGUCACCAUAGAUGAGCAUCAGACUGCCACCGAGCUGGUUGACCUUGAGGGUGGAAGUAACAGAAACGGGAUGAAAUUUAAUAGCGGGUGUCAGGAUGAGCACAAAGACUCAGAGGGAGAAUCGAGUGAUGGAGAAGGAUGCAGGUUCACAUACUCACUGCCCUUGAACUCUCUUCCUGCAGAGAGAGCCCGUGACUACCUGCACAAGACGGGGCGGUUCAUCGUCAUCGGUGGGAUCGUCUCGCCCGUACACGACUCCUAUGGCAAGACGGGCCUCGUCUCGAGCCGCCACCGCCUGACCAUGUGCCAGCUGGCCGUGCAGGCCUCCGACUGGAUCAGGGUGGACCCCUGGGAGUGCUACCAGGACACCUGGCAGACCACGUGCAGCGUGCUGGAGCACCACCGCGACCUCAUGAAAAGGGUGACGGGCUGCAUCCUCUCCAAUGUGAACACCCCCUCCAUGACGCCUGUGAUUGGACAGCCCCAGAACGAGUCUCCACAGCCCAUCUACCAGAACAACAACACUGUUUCCAACAAGCCCACCGCAGCAAAGAUCUUAGGGAAGGUGGGCGAAAGCCUGAGCCGUAUUUGCUGCGUGCGCCCGCCGAUGGAGCGCUUCACCUUUGUGGAUGAAAAUGCAAACUUGGGGACAGUGAUGAGAUAUGAGGAGAUUGAGCUGCGCAUCCUACUGCUGUGCGGCAGCGACCUGCUGGAGUCCUUCUGCAUCCCCGGUCUCUGGAACGAGGCUGACAUGGAAGUAAUUGUUGGGGAGUUUGGGAUCGUGGUGGUGCCGCGGGACGGAGCAGACCCUGACCGGAUCAUGAACCAUUCUUCAAUACUCCGCAAAUACAAAAGUAACAUUCUGGUGGUGAAAGAUGACUCCAACCACCCCAUGUCGGUUGUCAGUUCGACCAAAAGCAGGCUGGCGCUGCAGCACGGGGAUGGACACGUUGUGGAUUACCUCUGCCAGCCCGUCAUCGACUACAUCCUCAAGAGCCAGCUCUACAUCAACGCCUCUGGUUAAGAGCCCCUGGGGGCCUUGCAGCGAGACAGCCCCGUUGUCCCACUUCCCUACAGUCUCCAUCACAUUCCUCUCUCUCUCCGUCUCUCUCUGUCUCACGGCCUCCUGCCUGUGUCUGCCUCUCACUCCCGGCGCCAGCGCUCCAUACUGCAGGAAUGUUCAAGGAACCGUGGCAUGGCCCAAAGGGGAAACAGUUCGG